AUGCCUUCAACCGUCUCUGAUUCCACCACAAAUCCAUCUUCAAACGCAAAGAUGGCGGAAAACAAGAACAGCGUCAAGAUUCUCGAUGAGUUGAUGGCCAAGCUGAACAUCAGCAAAGCUCAGGAGGACAUCAACGCUGCGACAUACAACCUCGCAACCUUCAUCAACGGUUCGAUCGAGGAGAAGGAUGCCCCAACAAAGACCGUCGAGGUGCUGAAGAAGCAACUCGCCAGCAAGAAAGAUGCUGCUGCUCGUGAGCGCGCGCUCAAUGCCAUCCAGGCCAUUGCUGAGCACCAAGACACCUCCGCCCAUGUCGAACCAUAUCUCGUUGUCCUUCUCCCAGCAGUUCUCGCCGCUGUUGGCGACAAGAUGGUGCCAGUCAAGAACGCAGCCAACUCUGCUGCUCUUGCAAUCGUCAAGGCUACCAACGCAAACGCCGUCAAGGCUGUUCUCCCACCGAUCAUCAACUCUAUCCUCACAGCACAAAAAUGGCAGGAAAAGAUCACUGGUCUCAGCUGUAUCGAGGCUCUGGUAGCCUCAUGCCCUCUUCAACUCGCUUUCCGCGUUCCGGAUCUCAUUCCAGUCGUUUCAGAAUCUAUGUGGGAUACAAAGCCAGAAGUCAAGAAGAUGGCUUAUGGUACCAUGGAGAAGGUCUGCGGGUUGAUCGUCAACAAGGAUAUUGAGCGUUUCAUUCCAGAACUGAUCAAGUGUAUCGCCAAGCCAGAGAAUGUCCCAGAAACCAUUCACUUGCUCGGUGCGACCACUUUCGUUACUGAUGUUCACGAGCCAACCCUCGCCAUUAUGGUUCCUCUGCUGGAUCGUGGUCUUACCGAGCGUGAGACUGCUAUCAAGCGAAAGUCUGCUGUUAUUGUCGACAACAUGUGCAAGCUGGUCGAGGAUCCUAACAUUGUUGCCGCUUUCUUGCCAAAGUUGAUGCCAGGUCUCACCAAGAACUACGAGAAUUUGGCUGAUCCAGAAGCCCGUGAAAAGACCAAGCAAGCCCUCGACACUCUUACCCGUGUUGGAAAUGUUAAGGACGGGAAGAUUCCAGAAGCAUCCCAUGCUGGUGAUGUGAGCACUGUCUUCACUCAUUUGAAGACCGUCCUCGAAUCCGGAAAGCACAAGGCUGCCAUCGCCAAAUUCGAGCCAAUUCUUCACUACACAGCCGCUAUUGCCGGUCAGUUGAUCGACGAGAAGGAUGCUGACAGUUUCAGCUGGACCACCAACCUCAAGCCAUAUGUCGCUGCAGUCUGCGGUGACAACGAUGCUGAGGAUAUUGUCAAUUCUCUCCGAAAACGCGCAUCACCAGGCGCCGAGGAGGAGGAUGCUGAGGAGGCAGACGAUGAGGAGGGAGAGGAUCUCUGCAAUUGCACAUUCAAUUUGGCAUACGGUGCCAAGAUUCUUCUAAACCAAACACAUCUCCGUCUCAAGCGUGGUCAGCGUUACGGUCUUUGCGGUCCUAACGGAUCAGGAAAGUCUACUCUCAUGCGCGCCAUCAACAACGAGCAAGUCGAGGGUUUCCCAAAGAAGAGUGAAGUCAAGACAGUUUUCGUGGAGCACGAUUUGGAUUCCGCUGAUACUGAGCAAACCACCAUCGCCUGGACCAUGAAGAAGUUGGCUGAGGUUGGUGUCAAGACUUCCCAAGAAGACGUCGAGAAGCAAUUAGGCGAAUUCGGUUUCACACCUGAGAUGACCAGCAACUUGAUCACCGCUCUCUCUGGAGGAUGGAAGAUGAAGUUGGCUUUGGCUCGUGCUGUUUUCGAGAGCCCUGAUAUUCUCCUUCUUGAUGAGCCUACUAACCACUUGGAUGUCAAGAACGUCAAGUGGCUUGAGGAAUACCUCCAGAACUCUCCAUGUACAUCCAUCAUCGUUUCCCACGACUCCAGUUUCCUCGACAAUGUCUGCCAACACAUCAUCCACUACGAGAGAUACAAGCUCAAGAGAUAUCGUGGUAACCUUAGGGAGUUCGUCAAGAAGUGCCCAUCUGCCAGAUCUUACUACGAGCUUGGCGCAUCUGAGAUCGAGUUCAAGUUCCCAGAGCCAGGUUUCCUCGAGGGUGUCAAGACCAAGGCCAAGGCUAUUGUGCGUGUCAACAAAAUGAGCUUCCAGUACCCAGGUACACCAAAACCACAAAUUCAAGACAUCACCUUCCAGUGCUCUCUCGGAUCCCGUAUUGCCGUUAUCGGACCAAACGGUGCCGGAAAGUCCACUCUCAUCAACGUUCUUACUGGUGAACUCAUCCCAACCUCUGGUGAUGUUUACACCCACGAGAACAUCCGUAUCGCCUACAUCAAGCAACACGCUUUCGCACAUAUCGAUCACCACUUGGAGAAGACUCCUUCCGAAUACAUUCAAUGGCGUUUCCAGACUGGUGAGGAUCGUGAAACUAUGGAUCGUGCCAACAAGAUCGUUACCGAUGAGGACGAGAAGGCUAUGGACAAGAUUUACAGAAUCGAAGGUUCCCAACGUCGUGUCAUUGGCAUCCACUCCCGACGCAAGUUCAAGAACUCUUACGAGUAUGAGUGUUCUUUCGCUCUUGGAGAGAACGUCGGCUUGAAGAACGAGCGGUGGAUACCUAUGAUGACCGCCGAUAACGCAUGGAUCCCUAGAACCGAAAUUUUGGCAUCCCAUCAAAAGAUGGUUGCUGAUGUUGAUCAAAAGGAAGCUCUUGCCAGUGGUCAAUUCAGACCUCUUGUCCGAAAGGAGAUUGAGUCUCACUGUGCCAACUUCGGUCUCGAUGCUGAGCUUGUUUCUCACUCGCGUAUGUUGGGUCUUUCUGGAGGUCAACGUGUCAAGACUGUCCUCGCUGCAUGCUCAUGGCAGCGACCUCACUUGAUCGUUCUUGACGAGCCUACCAACUACCUUGAUCGUGAUUCUCUUGGCGCUCUUUCAAAGGCUCUCAAGGCCUUCGAAGGUGGUGUUAUCAUCAUCACCCACUCCGCCGAGUUCACAAAGGAUUUGACAGAGGAAGUCUGGUCCGUUAUCGAUGGGCGCAUGGUCGCGACAGGACACAACUGGCAAUCUGGUCAAGGUUCUGGACCUCGUCUAAAGGGCGAUGAUGAUGACGAGGAAGAGAAAUUUGAUGCCAUGGGUAACAAGAUCGUUUCUACCAAGAAGGCCAAGAAACUUACCUCGGCUGAGCUGCGAAAGAAGAAGAAGGACCGCAUGGCUCGACGAAAGCGUGGAGAGGAGGUUUUCUCUGAUGAGGACGAUUAG